GAAAAUAAAAAUGGCCGCCACGGACGAAGACAUAAAAUUUAAGAAGGAGACAGUAGCCAAACUUCUAACCACGUUUUUCAGGGAGGACCAGACGAGGGUCGGUGGUGAGGCUGUGCUCCUCACGGCUGAGAUGCUUAAAAUAUUUGUUCAAGAAGCUGCUGUGCGGUCGCUGAAACAAGCUGAAUCUGAGGACUGUGAUGAAGUUAACAUUGAACAUUUUGAAAAGAUCCUGCCGCAACUGCUCUUGGACUUUUAGGGAGCAGCAUUGCCAGCGAGUGUAUGUCACUUCCAUUUUCUCUUUUUGAUAACGUAUGUUUUCCUAUUAAACGUCUUAAG